AUGACUGAUGUACCGAGUGCUAUGCGGUCAUUGAAAAAGUCGGAUCCGAACUCAUUACAGGCACUGUACCGAUACUUCGAUGAAACCUAUGUGUCUGGAAAACCACGUGCUUCACCUCCACGCUAUCCCAUCAAAUUGUGGAAUCAGUUCGUGGCGACCCAAAAGGGAACACACAGAACUAAUAACAUCAGCGAGGGAUGGCACAAUAGAUUUUGUCUGAUGAUUGGCAAGAACCAUCCGGACUUGUAUUCGCUGCUUCUAGGAAUCCGCGAUGAACAAGCUGACACUGAGAGCAUGGUGGUUGAAUUAAGCAUCGCGAAAGCGGUGAAAAAUGCACCCAAGACAAAGUGGGUGCAGCAUCAACAACGCUUGCGAAGCGUCACAAAUGAUUACCCGAGAUACAAGCGGGAGAAGAACAUCGUACAAUACCUCUCAGAUAUAAGCAGCAACAUAAAACUAUCAUAA